AUGGAAAUACUCUGGCACAUAGCUGCAAGACAAGGUCACUAUGCCUGCGUAGUUAUCUUACUAGCUCGCGGAGCGCGGACGGAUAUAGAGAAUGCGGCGGGUGAGUUGCCGGUGGAGGUUUGUACGGCGCAGUGCCAGAGUGCCAUCUCACUCAACAUGCAGAUGACCAUCGCCGUCAAAGACAACCUGCCUCGGUUCAAACUGCUUUCCAGCGACAUUUCAAACGGGCGCGAGCCGUUCCCGAUCCCGUGCGUGAAUGAAGUGGAUGACGCGCCCCUGCCGAAUGACUUCACGUACGUCACGCAGCUCGUUAUGCCCGUACCCAUCGACAUAGACAACACCAUCGGCACUCUGCAGGGCUGCCAGUGCGCGGAGGGGGAGUGCGGAGGCCCGUCGUGUUCGUGCGUGGCGCUGGGCGUGCGCGGCUGGUACAGCGGAGGCCGCCUGCUGCCCUCCUUCCCCUACCACGACCCGCCCAUGCUGUUCGAGUGCAACCAGACCUGUCGCUGCAACAUGCGUCGUUGCAGCAACAGCGUGGUGAGCCGCGCGGCGGCGGCGGGGUCUGUGUGCGUGCGCGUGCAGGUAUUCCGUACGGGCGGGGCGCGCGGCUGGGGGCUGCGCGCGCUGCGGGCCGUGCCGCGCGGCGCGCCGCUCGCGCUCUACCGCGGGGAGCUGCUACCCUUGCCCCACGCCGACACGCGCGCCGCCGACCAGUACAUGUUCGCGCUCGACGUCAAGCCCGACCUGCUCGAGCAAUGCUCGGACAAGACGCAGCUAUGCGUGGACGCGGCGCAGUACGGCAGCGCGGCGCGGUUUAUAAACCACAGUUGCCGACCCAACCUGGCCCCCGUGCGGGUGUUCACAGACACUCGCGACCUCCGCCUGCCCACCGUCGCCCUCUUCGCCAUCACCGACAUACAACAGGACGAGGAACUCACGUUCGACUACGGAGAUAAAUUCUGGUCCGUGAAAUCGAAGUGGAUGAAAUGUGAAUGUGGAAGUGUAGACUGCAGAUACCCAACCAUAUCUGAAGAUACGGAGUCUUCGUAAUCCCAUAAAGUGAUAUUUUAAAAUGACUUAUUAUAAAUAUUGAAUAUUUAUUGUUAUUGAUUGUAAUUAAUAAACAAUUGAUCUGUAAUCAUGUACUGAGU